AUGGCCAAGACCCGUUCCCUGGGCGGUUGCUCAACUUGCCGCACGUCCCACACAAAAUGCGACGAGGGUCGUCCGAGGUGUGCCGUGUGCGACCGUCUGGGAAUCCGGUGCGGGGGAUACGACAUACGCAUCACCUUCAGUUUCGAGCAUUGCGGGGCGCUCAAUGGCAGCCAACGACAGCAAAAGAACGGCGACGGCGAUGACAGUCCCGGUAGUUUCCGCAGGCCACUCUUCACAGAGGCUUAUCGUCGACGGAUGAGCCAGGAUGUGCUCUCUGCUGUUCCGCCAAAGACAACCGACGAUGUCUUGUUGCUCGUGGAUUCUACCGGAGCCCGAUUUGAUGCCGGGGCGCCGACGGGCAAGGCCCAGGAAUUGAUGCGGGGGCCGUUUGGUGUCUUUAGGCCUGAGAGGGGAGUGGGCGGAAAUCACCAGCAGCAACGAAGGCAGUCGACUGCUAAAAGCCCGUCUUCGCUAUCCAUCUUGGACAUCCUGCUCCCGGACGAGCCCGGAGCCCGGAGAGAGUUCACGUCUACGUUUAGAGAUGCACAUCUAGAUAUCAAUGGCGGUGUCGAACCCAGCCACAGGCAUCAUGACUUGCCCGGCUUCCUGGGAGACCUGCCGUCGCCACAAUGCUCGAGACACUCGUCGCAUUCUGGUCUUGGGCCCCGGGAUCGCGUCGAGGAUGUCACGUCCUCCAGUUCGGUCUGCAUCACGUCGCCCUUGCUAGGCCAGAGGCUGUUUCCGUCGGCCGGGCAUGCCCCGGCUGAUGCACCCUCCCUCCUACACCACUACCAAACCUCGGUCAUCUCGCUGUUCUCGCCGCUAAAGAACCAAAAGACACCGUGGAACAUCUUGUUCUUGCCGAGUGCCAUGAACACGUUGGCAAGCCUGACCGUCGGCAUGAUACCCAACUAUGCAAGCCUGUGUAUCUUUCAGGCCUUGCUCUCCAUCAGCGCGUUUCACAAGGGGACCCUUUCUGCGGAACCGCACGCCCGGUACUGGAAGGAUCGCGCCAACGGCUAUCUGGAUCUCGCUCAGCAGACUCUCAAGACAGCCUUGUAUGAGCAAGGACUACUACCAAAGAGGGCAAAGUACAAGGAGACGUUGAUGGCCUUGCUCUCCAUGGCGACAGCCACGGUAUUCAGCGGACAGUGGAAGCAUACCAGGUGCUGCUUGCAUGAUGCCGGGGCGCUCAUCCGCCAACGGGGCCUGGCCAAGCCCCAGAAGUCCCGCAGGGUCCGCAUGCUGCACCACUGCUACGCCUACCUCAAGAUCAUGCACGAGAGUACCUUUCUGGAGGCCAAGGGCUUACCAGAACCCGAGCAGCGCUCCCAGUCCGGGACAGGUCAAGAGCAGUCGCCCCUUCGGGCCAGGCCAUGGGACGGUCGACUAGACUACCGGCUCCUGAUGGACAAGCCCAUGCCGCUCGGCGAGAACGACCUCCUCCUGGAAGUCCCCGGCCGAUGGCACCUCACGCUGUACCCGUCGAUAUUCGGCGUACCCGAGUCGUUCCUGGUCCUCCUCUCCGAGGCCCUGAGGCUGGGGAACGAACGGCAUGUCCUGCUGCAGAGGCCUGCGGAGGCGAACCUGACGUGGCAGCAGUACCAGCAGCGCACAAAGGUUCUGGAGAAGUGCAUAUGUCACUGGGAGGCGACGUGCAACCCGGGAAACAGCAUCGAAGGCUGGACCCUGACGCAGUCCAACCAGGCACUGCUCAACAAUAUGCUUCUGGCGUUGAAGCACGCCCUCAUGAUAUACUAUUACAGAAAGGUGCUCGACGUCGACUCCACCAUCCUCCAGGCGCAGGUGGAGGAGACGAUCGAUGUGCUCCUCCAGUGCGAGCAGUUGGAUGGGUACAUGAGCGUGGACUACUGCUCUGCUGCCUUUGCGUGGGCGGGUUUCGUGGCCGCCUGCGAGGCUCUGGAUGCGGCGGUGCAGGAGAAGUUUGCGUCGUGGCUCCGGGGAUGCUUCAGACGCAGUGGCAUCAGGACUUUCGAGGCGGCGCUCCAGCUUGCCGAGGAGAUCUGGGCUAGGCGGAAACUGGACGACGCAGGUGUCAGCUGGCUGGACAUUGCAAGGGAGAAGGGCAUAUACAUGUUUUUUGCAUGA